UUAAUAAAAAAAUAUCACUGAAUAUAGCAAUUUUCUUCCUCUGUCACUUAACCAAGAGGGAUGAAUAAGAUGGAAAGGCUUGAAUACGAGUAAUUUUGAGCGUAUUAAUGCGGAACAUUUUAGUUGUGAGUGAAAGACGUUUGGAUUCAGCCUAGUAUGCCGGAAGUAAUCAGUGUUUACAACCUCACCAUUUAAGUCACUUGAGCUCCACGUCGGGAAUAUAUCGGUUUUGCAAAUCACCAUGGCAUUCUUUUUGUUAUAAAAGAUUGAAAUAGCAACAAUCACAAGGGAAAAGGGGAGGAAUCAAUCAAGAGUCUGAAAAGUUCAUCCAAAAUCGUUGGAAAAUGUCAAACUGUGGUACUUAUCAGACGCAAAUAGCAUCUAUUAUGGACGUGCUCGCUAAAGCAGCUGUAGCCGAAAUCGGUAAAGUGGUUGAGGAUGCCGUCGUCGUUUUACGGCUAGAAACGUGCCAACGGCAAAACGAAAUCGAGUCUUUGAAGAGAAACUUGGAAGUUGUGUCCAACGAGCUGCGAGCAACACGAAGAGCUCUCGUGCGGGAGUGUAUCAACGGGAGAUCGGUAGAUUUUCAAGAACGCGAUCAACCUGUCACCAACCGAGGUUGUGGGCGGAAAGGUGUGAGAGUGGAAGAGAGCAGGUGUGGCGAGACGGAGUGCCAGAGCGAGGGUCAGACCGAGGAAAAGAACGCCACGAUCAGGGUGAAGGUGAAGGUCGAGAGAGAGGAGGGACAUGAAAAGCAGGGGACCCAUGAUGGCACAGCAGGUGGGGCGACGCAGAACGGCGAGCUUGCGGCAAUGGAUGAAGAAUGUGGUCACAGCUGGCCGGCGAAUGAGGAUGACGACACACACACGCAUGCCAUGGGCGACCCCUCACCGCCUCAGACUCACGCUGACACCCUCCCUGUGUCCAUUUCCACGGAAACCCCGGCUCCACCCCAGAGACCACGCCUAAGGAGGUGGUGGCCAAACAAGCAGCUCACACUCCUGAACUCAGGCACACUCUUGAGCACACACGCAGGCACACACUCACACACACACCCUCCUCCUGCUCCGCCUUCGGAGAAAACUCUCGGGGCACUGAGGGGAGGCUUCCCAAGCCUGGGGUUCCGGGGGUUUCAGGGGGGUCUGUGGGGUCACCACAGGUCACGAGGCGGUCAAUGGUCACAGAGGUUGUCACAGCAGGUGUGGGGACGAGGCAAGCGUCGCUUCCCGUGUGGGUUCUGCGAGAAGAGCUUUGACCGGCUGAGUCACCUGGACCGCCACCGCCGCAUCCACACAGGCGAACGUCCCUACGGCUGCCCCGUGUGCGGACGCCGUUUCACCCAGAAGAGCAGCCUGAAGGGCCACCUGCGCACGCACAGAGGAUUCUCUGUGGAUGCGUCGCACAGCAGUCCUUCCCUGGAGUGCCGGCAGUCUGAGGAAGACUGGGACUCCCAGUACACUAACCCAGAAGAGAACCACAUACACGUGCCUACACAUUCAGAAGACAACACACACGCCACACCCACAGGAGACACUCAUAUGCUCUUCAGGCAUGGUCACGAACUCAACACACACCUCGCUGAGGCGGCCGGCGCUGAAAUGCACACACACGUGAGAGAUCAACUUGGAGGACAGGGCCAGGAGCAGAGAGUGACACCGAUGGAGCCUGAGAUGCACCUCACACACACUGAAGACAACGACUCACACCACCUCGCCCAGAGAGACGAUCUUAACGUUAACGAUUUACUUAAUGAUGAAGUGAACUCGCAUCGCUUUAGACACACACAGCGUCUGACACACACUCAGGAUUCUCCCUCUCCGCUCACACACACACAUCUAACACACCCUCAGGACUCUGCCUCUCUGCUCACACACACACACGAGCCGGUGGGGUUUGGUGAGCUGCAGCUGCAGCUGAAGGCCGAGCAGGAGGAGGAACAGGUGGGUCAGAACCUUCACAAGGAGGGGGGUGAGUACAGAACAAGAGACCAGGAGCAGAUAGAGUCAGAGGUAUCAGAACUGGAGUUUGCAGCAGUGGAACAGAGUGACUCCCUGCUGUGGGCAGACAGCGGGGUGGAAUCACACUGUUCAAAUUCUAAGGGGGUGGAGCCAGUUAUCUCCCAUAGUAACAUGCAGCUGGGCCUGUCAGCAGUACAGCCCUCCUGGCCCCACCCACUCAGCCCUGCCCACAUAAAACAGGAAGAAGAAGCAUGUCAUCUUUCAGACCCACUUCUGGACUUGCUGGCCAAUCCUAAGGCUUUUGGGACUGCACACACUACAGCGCAACAGGAAGUGACAUCACAACUUCAUGCACACACCUUUGAUGUGAAAGGGGCUGGAGAACUGGAGGAGAGUGCUGGGGGGGGCAACCGCUCAGCUCACCAAUCAGAUGCUGCUGUUACCACCAGAGAAUCUCCACCCUCGUUGUCACUAGCAACUGAGCAGGCAUCACUGUCCUCGCUGUUGUCUCAACGGGACAAGCGCCGCUUCCCGUGUAUGCACUGCGGGAAGAGCUUUGACCGGCUGAGCCACCUUGAGCGCCACCAGCGUAUCCACACGGGCGAACGUCCGUACGGCUGCUCAGUCUGCGGACGCUGCUUCACCCAGAAGAGCAGCCUCAAAGGCCACCAGCGCACGCACACCGGGGAGAGGCCCUACCGCUGCCCCCGCUGCCCGUUGGCCUUUGCCACCUCCAGCGCCCGCAACAGGCACCAGUGCACCCCCCCGCAGAGCAGGCUGGCAUACGCCUGCCUUUUAAAUUUGGUCAAAAUGCCGAACCGUAAGACCCUUGAAACUCAGAUCGCGUCUGUGAUGGAGAUCUUGGCAAACACUGCAGUAGCAGAGAUAUGUAAAAUUGUAGACAGUGGUUGCGUGGAAUUUAGGUUAGAAAUGUGUCGCAGACAAAAGGAGAUUGAAGCUCUGCGUAAGAAAGUCCACUGUCUGACAAGGGAACGAACAUCUACUCGAGAAGCUCGGCUUGAUUCGGUUGCUCCUCAGCAGCGCACAGUUGGUGUUCAGAUCGACAUGGAUCAAGGGUUCCCUGGGGACAGCAGUCCUUCUCUGGAGUGCCGGCAGUCUGAGGAAGACUGGGACUCCCAGUACACUAACCCAGCAGAGAACCACAUACACGUGCCUACAUACUCAGAAGACAACACACACGCCACACCCACAGGAGACACUCAUAUGCUCUUCAGGCAUGGUCACGAACUCAACACACACCUCGCUGAAGCAGAUGGAGCUGAGGUACACACACAGACCUCUCAGCACACACACUCUUCCCAACACCGACACAUGAGAGAUCAACUCGGACGACAGGGCAAGAAGCAGAGAGUGACACCGAUGGAGCGUGACAUGCUUCUCACACACACUAAGGACAGCAACACACGCUACCUCAACCACAUAAACGAUCUUAAUGUUAAUGAUUUUCUUAACGAUGACGUUAACUUGCAUCGCCUCACACACAGGCAGCAUCUCACUCACUCUCAGGACCCUACCUCUACGCGCACACACACACAUCUGACACACGCUCAUAACCCUACCUCUCUGCUCACACACACACACACACAGGAGCUUGUAGGGUUUAGUGAGCUGCAGCUGGAGCUGAAGGCUGAGCAGGAGGAGGAGCAGGUGAAUCAGAACCUCCACCAGGCGCAAAUAGAGACUGGGGUAUCAGAACUGGAGUCUGGGGAAGUAAUACAGAUUGACUCCAAGCUUUGGGCAAAUAGCGGGGUGGAAUCACACUGUGCAAAUUCCAAGGGGGCGGAGCCUGUUGAGUCCCAUACCAGCAUGCAACUGGGCCUGUCAGAAGUACAGCCCUCCUGGCCCCACCCACUAAGCCCUGUCCACAUCAAAGAAGAAGAGGAAACGUUUCAUCUUUCAGACCCGCUUUUGGACUCGCUGGCCAAUCCCGAUGCUUCGGGGGCUGGACAUGCGACAGCACAACAGGAAAUGACAUCCCCACUUCAUGCAUACAGCUUUGGUUUGAGAGAGGCUGUAGAACUGGAGGAGAGCACUGGACAUGGCAACAGCCCGGCUCACCAAUCAGGCACUGCUGUUACCACUAGAGAGGCUCCACCCUCGUCACUGGCAACCGAGCAGGCGUCGUUGUCAUCUCCCCGCGACAAGCGUCGCUACCCGUGUGUGCACUGCGGGAAGUGCUUUGACCGACUGAGCCACCUGGAGCGCCACCAGCGUAUCCACACGGGCGAACGUCCGUACGGUUGCUCAGUCUGCGGACGCCGCUUCACCCAAAAGAGCAACCUCAAGGGCCACCAGCGCAUCCACACCGGAGAGAAGCCCUACCGUUGCCCCCAUGUCCUCCCCACCUCCAGCAACCACAACAGGCACCAGUGUGCCCCCCCACGCAACAGGCUGGCAUACGCCUGGUAACGCUCCAAACUAAAACAGCCCCACAGACAUCAGACUCCAGUUAUCCAGUUAUCACUCUGAAGCCUGUUUUGGUGUUUGUUAGGGGUGUCUGCAGUGGUCAUUUUUACAUUCUGCCAGUCAUCAAUUACUUAUGUGUUCUGUGAAACACAUACAUCUGGGAGUGAUCCAGGCCCAUUAACUAAGGGGAAAAAACAAACAACUCUGUCCUCUGCCAAACCAGGCCUGAUAGAAUGAGAUAACUAAGCAGUUGGGACAAUAUUCUCCCUUUCAAUCACAUAUCCUCACCAAGGCUAUAAAGAUGUGGUGUGUGUGUGUGUGUGUGUGUGUGUGUGUGUGUGUGUGUGUGUGUGUGUGUGUGUGUGUGUGUGUGU